AUGGUACACCUCAGGAUAGCAAGAUGGUUACAUUUCCUGCUAACAUUGGCUGUACUGGCUAAUUCCGGGGCCAAGAGAACUGAUGCGCAAGCAAGAAGUAAUCAAAGCACCGAGAAGCCAGCCGAUCAUGGGGGACGCGAUUUAGAGCAGCGUUCCGGCAACAACGUCAAAGAAAACGCAAGCAGAAUAGAAGGAAAAUCUGGUGGCGAAACUCAAAACAAAUAUAUCGCUAGCGCGAAGGAGGACACUGGCAAUGCUGGAAUGAACAUAAUGCAGAGGGAGGCGCCGCUGAUCAAGGACGUCGAAGCAAAGAUCGACGAAGGGAAAGAGAUGGAGCGCAACCUGACGGCCAUCCGCGAGGCCUUGCUCCGGGAGAUAUCUGGAGUCGACGGAACAGGAGGAGCGUCGCCCCUAAGACGCAUCCAGAUGAAAAAGCGCCUCCGAGAGCUUGAGCAGCGCAUCGCCGACUUGCACUCAAAGAAUGAGGAAGCUCAGCAGAGGUUCCGCGGUUUCGUCAGCGCGAUCGAUUCCGGAGAAAUACAAGACGAAGUGCAGGCGCGCUCCGCACUGGGCAGAAUCUACGACUUCUGCAACACUGCGGUCGGGGGCGCCGUCAGAGCCUGCAGAGUGGUGUUUGCGGGCGUCAGGCGCUUCUUCUACGACAAGGUUCUGGGAGGCAUCGCGAACGUGUUCCACAACCUCCUCGGCUCCAGGUGGCAGUCACUGAAGGCGGGCGUCAACCUGCUCGCCGGCAUCUAGCUGUAUUCUAGCAAUAAAGAAU